AUGCAGAACAACACCGGCCAAACUGACGAUUCUGAAUUGCGCGCGAAAUUCGAUCAGGACGCAAAUUAUUUGACUCGCUCACCAUCUGCGUCGGCGCCAUCUUCACUUCCAACUGUCGCUACUGCUCAUCCCACCUUGAAGCCCAUACUACCGUCACCCCAAGCGCAUGGAUACGGCGGUUCUAGCGUAGAGGCUCAGUCGCACAUUCACCCUCAGCUUAGAACGUCUUCUCCGGGUGUGUCAGCAUCUGAUAUGAUGCAAAGAGGAGUGUCACCUCCGUCCGACGACGCCGGCCCAGUCUCUGGAUCUCCCGGCAUGGCUGCCCAAGGCCUCCUAGGGCACGACCCUGAUGAUUCCGUGACCGAUGGGCGAAAGGCGAAGCGCGAAUUAUCUCAAUCGAAGAGAGCCGCCCAAAAUAGAGCAGCUCAGCGUGCUUUCCGACAAAGAAAGGAGCACUACAUCAAGAAGCUGGAACAGCAAGUUCGAGAUUUUUCAGAGAUGGAGCAGAGUUUCAAGGCGGUCCAGAACGACAAUUACGCGUUACGCGAGUACGUCAUACAAUUACAGUCUCGCCUCUUGGACUUGCAGGUCGAAUUACCCCAGCCGCCGCCUAAUGUGAACAUCACGCCUCCUACCGCGGCAUCUACCAGCACUCGUGGUGGACACGCAAGCACAGUCCCUGGAUCUGGUCCUAGUAACAACAAUGCCGGAACUUUGGCGGACGUCGCGGCAGCCGUGCAAGAUUUAAGAGCUCGAGAGCCCUCCGCGGAUGGGAUGUAUCCGAAACAGGCCUACAAGGCGGAAGCCAACGAAGAGACGCAAACUGCGGAAGAGAUUCGCAGGCAGCUACAGCAGGACGGGUUACCGGCUCCCUCGUCCCUGCGAGCCUAG